UUGUGUGGCGAUGGUGCGAAUGCGUGCGGUGGGGCGGCCUCGCGUUUGUGUUGGUCACGUGGCAUGCGAGCAUUUGUCCGUUUGGCCUCCAGGUGACGCCGUGUCAGCAUGCUCGCCACUGCGGUCGCGCGGCCACAAGGCGGCGCCACCCGUCACUGAGGCUGGUCAAGUAGACGACGCGUGACUUGAGGGCCCGAGUAGCGCCGCCCACUCGCGCCAGGAUGACGCACUUGACUCGGCGUACGGCGAAACUCAACUAAGCGUAAGAAAAGUUUGUUUCCCGCAUGCACGUUGACGACGUUGACCUACGGAGCUCUCGAAAGUGUCCUUUUGGUUCCGUUCUGCUCCCCCCCCUCCCGUGUCGCUUUCGCGUCGGUUUGUUGGCGCGUGUGUGUUGCAGGGGUCGGGGCGGGGACCAUGUGGGUGAAGCCAAAUGUAAAGUCGAAAGUUGAAAAGCCUUAAAUAAAAGUGGUGCCAUUUUCUAAGAGCGAGCUGACAUCGUGACUCUCUCGCGUCCGCGCCGUCCUCAAAUGCAGCACUUGGACAGGAGAUCCGCGUAGAUUUGGUCCCCACGACGUCGUACACGACUCGACGACGCAAAUGUAGUGCGGAGAGGAACAACGCGAUGGCGUUGGUCGCCUUUCUUCGACGCGGAUGAAAGCGCGUCUCUUCCUGCUUCCUGGAGUGUUGGCGCAUGCGCGCGUCUCGCUCUCGCUCCCUCCGCUGCCCUGGCAACGGCGGCGGCGUCCUAUUGUCGCGCCGGUUCGCCCUCUCACAACUCGAGGUCGCCGCGACCUUCUCGUCCGUUUCACUCCCGUUGCUUCUUCUCGUUUCAAAGCGACACCCUGUGGUUGCUAAAGUGACGGGCGAGGCCGCCCGCUGACGCGUUCACCUGUCGCCCGGAAACGUCACGAUGGUCACGAGUGAACGCCAGAGGAGCUUCCGACGUUCUCGGAGCCUUUCUCAUUCUCCUCGGCGAAGCAUCUCAUCGGUCGGACGGCGCCGGCCCCACCGAGCCGGGAGCAGAGAAGACCACCCCGCUGACGAGAGGAGAUCGGGUCCCGCUGGUCCACGGGCCCGCAGUGCGGCGCUCCCCGCAGCUCGCAACGAGGACAAGGACCGCAAACGCGCCGCGACUCCGGCCGGGUCGGACCGGGUUGCGGAAAUUCACCCGUCGAGAAAAGCCGAGGACCACCGAGCGUCGGCGAGGAACGCGACGGACGCCGGCUCUCCUCUGCUGGCGGCGCAACAGGUGCUGCGCCGCCGCCGCCCCGCCUUUCAAACGCAGCCCGUCGCCACGGAAGCAAAAUGGCAGCCUGCCGCGCGGAGCUCCUCCGUUCCCCUGGAAACGGAGUACCGCCGCAGCUUCCAGGGGAGGUCGCCGUCUCGCGGCCCCCGCCUGCGGAAACAUCUGGAUCGCCGCCAGAGGCAUCCCGCCUUCCACACGCGCAGCAAAAGUCAGAAGAUGAGGGAGGAGUCCGAGAAGAUGGCCGCCCACCCGAGGGAAGACGCGCCCCCUGCGCAGGUGCCGCGACGACACAGGAAGCCGGUGACGGAAUAUCAGGCCAGCUUUCCCGGUCCGCUACGAGAAGCGGCGGGCGCACCCUCUCAGGUGGCGCUGUUGCGGCAGAAGGCCUCGUGGUACCGGCGGCGGGCGUGGGGGACCAACUUCUCCAGGCGCCACCUGAGCCAGCUCAAGUCCCGGUACAACGUCCUGUGGGAGCCCGACGGCGGCGCCGACACGGACGCCGGAUCGACGCCCUCCGUGGAGGCUCUGGACCUGACCAGCUGCUCCGCUUCCUCCUGCGGGCCGGCGAGCCCCGCCCGCGGCGGGCCGGCGAAAGACCACGCGGGCGGCCCGCGCGAGGGACGCUCCCCCACCUUGGAGACGGACGGCGGACCGCUUCGCAGAACGCACCUUGACGUCAUCGCGCCUGCGGGGCGCGACUUGCGCGUUUACGCGGCGGACGGCGCGUUCGCUUCCGAAGGGCCGGAACUUCGUAGCCCCGACCCCCGCCGCCGGCCCGCUGAUCGGGGAUCGGCCCCGCCCUCCACGCAUGUCAUCAGAGGCUGGCUGAGACACGCCGAAUUCCAACACAACGGCGAGCUCGGUCUGAGGUUCCGAUCGCAUGCGGCUUCCUGGAGCGACCUGUCUCCUGAUGAAAGCGAGCGUCUGUCGGUCAUGUCGAGCCGCUCGCUGGCGUCGUGCUCGGCGGCGGCGGCCGUGCUGGAGCGAGCGCAGAGGAGGCCACGGCAGUUCUGGGAGACGUGUUGAGCCGGCGCCAACUUUUCACUCGGACUCGCUCAACUUUUUUUUUUUACCCUGUGACCUUUCCACUUGAAUCACGAGCAUUUCUUGCAUUUGGAGAGUGCUUCUCGUUCCAAUUUUGCCUUGGAUUGGAACCCCCUUGAUUCUCACGGACGCUCUUUCAUGGCCUUUCGCUGGAAUUCUUCACCCCGAUGUUUUCUUUCUCCACGUCUUUGUUUCCCGGAUUGCGAUUAUUUCCGCCUCGGUUUCUACUCAUCACACUAAAGUCUUUCAUCUCCAAUUCAUUCACGACUACAAAAUUGGCACGUUUGCUCUCGGGUCGGUUUUGGGCCGACGCGAGCAGGAGAGCGGAAAGUCCAUCUCCGUGGCCGUCCGCGGACCAAGAUU